AGCACCCCUGGCCAUUGAAAUCAGUGGACGCUCUCAUGCUUCUAUCUGCUGCUGACGUAUGUCACCACGCCGGUGAUACAAAAUCUCUGUUUGAGGUCAAAUAAAAGAAUCGCAUGUAGUUCAUGUAAAUUUUAUUUGUAUUUUACUUGUAAAAAAGUUGGAUGUUUACUUUCUAAUUAUCCAGCAAAAAUGGCUGUCAAUAGUGGAAUAUCAUUUGUACUGUCAUCAAUAUUGACUGUACUUCUGUUUUCUGGAAUGCAAAUGUACAAAGCAUGGCUUAGUUCAUCGCAGCUAGGAACUGUCUUGGGAGGAUACAUCGGUUCCUUGCUAUUUAUAUGUACAUUAACUGCUGUGGGAAAUCUGGAAACUACUUUAUUUGGAAAAUCAUUUCAGCAAAAGUUGUUUCCAGAAGUGAUUUUUUCAUUGAUACUAAGCCUGAUUGCUUCUGCACUGAUCCAUCGUGUAGCAACAACGACGUGCUUCAUAUUUUCCAUGAUUGGUCUUUAUUAUGUAAAUCGAAUUUCUCAGGAAACAUAUAACAUGCCUGUGCAAAAUCCAGUAAUAGUGCAAUCAAAGAAACGCAAGUAAACAAGCAUCGGGAGAUUUAAUCUUUAAUAGAUAUAAUCUUUUCACUAUUAUACCUAUUAAUAGUGUCCUAUGUUCCAGUUUAUAAGCAAUUAUAAAGCUUCCAGUUUAUAAUUUUUAUAUCUUGUAAAAACUGUUUAUUUUAUCUAGAAUAAGGGCUAUAUCUUGAUAAUACGAUAAUUAUGAAAAUACAAUGAAUUCCAAUUACCUCAAAUGGUUAUUGACACAUGGAGCUUAUAUCAUAAUUUGUAAUAUCAUAAUUUGUAAUACAAAAAAAUAAAGAAAAAUAGUUUUGCUCAAUGAAAUAAAACAGAUUUAAUACAAUUAUAAAUUCAAUAUCAUUAAUUAACGAUUUGAGUAUAGUAAAUCAAUGUUAUGAUAUUUACAUCGCAAUAAACAAUACAUGAGAA